AUGUUCAAAGGCGAUAGAUCCAAGUUGAAGGCAAAGACCAGCAAGUUGCCGUUCCUCACAGGAGUUUCCAAGUCGCCGCCAGGAUCGCCAAAUCUGGUCCCGACUGCUGCAGCAAGGCGCCUGGGUCUUCCGUUCAAGUUACCCGAGAGGAACAAGUCAGGACAGAAUCAGAGCCUCACUCCCAACGAUCCUCAGUUGCCUUCGUCUCCUAGACCGGCAACCUCACCCAAUGCAGCUCCUGUAGUUGAUCGCCACAAGCCGCUUCCAAGCCCUCCGGUUGCUCAGUUCAUCAAUCCCAUGAGCCCACCCAAAGCUCGGCGCUCUUUGAUGGAUGCUGAAGCGGGAACUCCAUCUGGAGAGCAGUAUCCGGCACUUCAGCCAGAGGCCUCGCCUUUGCGCAUGAGAGGUGUCGAGAUGUCGCAACCUCGCAAUAUGCGUGGCGAGCAGAGUGGUAACACCACCUAUUUGGAGGCGGGCGAGUCGAGCAAGAUGGCUGCAGCAAUGAGUGCAUCCAACAAAAGUCCUCAUGGAAUCGCUGAGCUUCCCACCACCUGGACUCCCAAGGGCUCUGCCACCGAUAGUCCAGCUCCACGCCCGAAGCAUCGUCCGAUCAUCCUACCUUCACCUCAGUCGGUGGCCAAGUAUUGUGCCUAUCCGAUUGCAUCAACGGGCUCGGAUCAAAGUGCCAUCUCACGCCCAUCCUCUCGCACUCAGGUCUCCACCGCGCCUGCAGUUCCCGUCUACACGACCUCUUAUGCGGCUCCGUCCCAGGCCAUCCCCGAGGACUCCAUUCUACGCUUCACGCAUUCCCCAGAUGCCUCCACCCCGCCCCGUCAACGCCUCAAUGACGAGGGCCCCGAAUCUCGACCCAGGCGUCUUUCUAGCCAGCUCAGUGACCGCACUGGCGCUGGCACGACCCUUGUGGUCUCUAACGAUGCGGACUCUCUCAUUCACGGCCUCGACGUGAAUGAUGGCCACAAGAGCUCCAAGCACAAGCUUGGGUUCCGCUCGCUGCUCAAGCGUAUGCGCAGCACCCCAAACCUCAAGGGUGGCGCCGUCAAGCCAGACGUUCCUGUCCCGCCUCUUCCCCGUCCGGCCCAGUUCCAGAAUACUGGCAAAGGCAAAGAGAGGGCAGAGUCCGUCGGAGAGAUUGAAGAGAGGCCCUUGAUCAUCAGCUCUCUCGAUGCUCUUUUGAGCCGCAUCGAGGACACACCACUGCUGUCCGAUGAGCGCGCACGGGGUGUGAAGAUCGUCCAGACCGUUCUCAACGCCAUGGAGAACGUUCGAGCAGCAAAAGUUGCUGCCGAAAGGGCGCAAGAGCAUGCCAGGCUCGCCCAGAAGGCGCUCGGCAGGCUCGAGGCGCUGGUGAUCGACGACUGCGGCGCCGACCUCCUGGCCGACAUCAGGCACAGGGUCACGAUCGUGGCCGACGGCCUCACUCUGGAGGAUUUCGAAGAGUAA